AUGUCCGACAGCAAGCCCAUCACCAUGACUGCUUCACAGGCCCAGGAACGACUCCCUGACGAUGUCCGCAACGACAUCUACGCUGCCCUGCUCUCAGGCGCCGGCAUCCGCAACAUCGAGGAAACACUCAACCAUGAGAUGCAAGCGACCGGUUUCAAGGCCACCCUCAGAGCCUACAUCAACCACUUGCUGCGUGUUGAAGGCGUCUCCACCUUUCCAGAGAUCUUGCAAAGAGUCGAAGCUAAGGUCCUGCACGACACGCAGGCCGCAAAGAACAAGGACGCCGCCAACGGUGUGAACGGGGUCAACGGCCACAGCAGCGAGAGCGACGAUUACAACCUCGCCCUGCCGACCAGCGUGACCAAGGAGGGCGCCAAGACCGUUGUCAAAGAGCUCAACAAAGUCUGCGAGAUCACUGCUGACACGAAGUGA